GGCAUGUUAGUAUGUUGAUUGACUGAAAAAGCCACACGCACAAAUCAGUAGUCUUUGUCUUGCAUCUCAAAUUUGCCGAUAUAGAUCGACCUCACGCACACAACGCACCACACUGCAUAACACAGCACAACACACAAAUCCUUCCUUGUUUGCCUGCUUGCCUGGCUGCCUGGUACACUCACACAAGACUUGACGCACCCACCGGCCGGCCACACAAGAGAGGGAUACAGACGUACGCUUCAGUCAGUAUGUGUGUAAGUAAGGAUGUGGCUCUUUAUGGAUACAAACAGAGCAAGGCACACACGCACACACGAGUGAGUGAAUGCACUGUUUGCCUGCAGCAGGGCAGUGGAAAAAAAGACGAGGCCCAGCACCACAACACACACAACAGCACAGCACAGCACGCCUGCCUGUGCGUGCGUGUGCACGGGCCACGUUCAUCAAUCAUGGAGAAUGCGCAAGGUCAUCCUUCCAUCUGGACAUCCCAUGAAUCGCGUCGCAUGCUCGAAGUAAGAGUCCCGCGUAAAGCUGUGUACGGCCGGCGCACAGGCCCAGGCCGCCCAGCGAAAAAGGGGGACACACCACCACCCACCGACACAACACGCACGUACGGCGCACGAGUGAACACAGACAGCAUGAGGACGACACACAGACAGACAAUCAGACAGACAGAGAGACGGUGGUAGAGAGAAUAGAAGAAGGUGUGAUAGCUGCCUGGACGGCUGAAUGGGUGGACGAAUGGAUGGAUGGAUGGCAGGGGAGAAAACACCGGAUGACAGAGAGAGAGCGUGUCUGUUUGUCUGUCUGGAUGGAUGUGAUGGGGGGUGGAGAUGGGGAGGGGGUGGGGUGGGGCGGUGCCUCUCUUCAUUGCACUGCACUGAAUGCAUUGCCUGCAUGCCAUGCAUCGACCAGUUCAAGCCUGCCUGCCUGGGUGUCAGUCAAUCUGUCCCUCCCUCCCUCCAAAAGCCAUCAAAACACGACAAAACUCAAUCCAUCAACACACGGACAAGAGACAGCAGACAGACGGACAGACAGACGGACAGGAAAGAGUGAGAAGUACGAGAGGAGACGAGACGACACGGCACACAGCAGCCAGACCACACACAGAUUGCCAACCAGCCAGCCAGCCAGCCAGGCGACUGCGCUCCCCCUGUCCUUCUUUCUUCCUUCACGGCCCCUCCUGCCCUCCCCCAUCUCCUCCGCCCUCAAGAAGCGGGCCCCUGUCGACCUCUUCUGCGGCACCAUCGCCAUCACCAUCGCCAUCGACUUCUUCCCUCAGGUUAUCCUCCCCACCGCUCUCCCCGCCAUAUUCCUGCAGCACCAUCUGACCAUCACCACCAACGCCGCCCACAAAGGCCGGCGCGUCGGUGCCAGUGGGGGCAGCCACCACACCGCUCGACACAGACGGCACCUCGCCGGCAGGACUCACACCUGCACUCUCCCCACCGGGCGUGGGGGCGGGGACAGCGACAGGGGCAGGGACAACCGGUGGAGAGGGAGAGAGAGACGGCGAUUGCGAUGGUGCGGCAGGGGGAGGGACAGGAGGGGCGGCGGCGGAGGCGGUCUGCAGGGAGUCCGACAGAGUGGACGACGACCGCGAGAAGUCAGACGACGAACGGAGAUCGCCUUGCGGGACACCACCAACACCACCACCACCAGCAACACCCGUACCACCAGAAGCGGACGGCUGUGCAAUGCCACCCUGCGUCGAUGUGGGAGGGAGGGAUCGGUGGGGCGAGAGAGUGGAUGGGUGUGAAGAGGAACUGGCGCUGGCGUGUGCGCUGCGGGGUGUGGACCGCUGUGAGUGUGAGGUGGGACCAGACGAAGUGAGGAACGACCGGUGGAUGCCUGUGCCGCCCUCGUCAGAACCCUCGAGGCCCUCCUCGAUGAGCUGCGGCCCACCACCGACACCACUGCCACCCCCUGAGGCCGAUAGAGGGCCGCUGAGGUCGAUCUGUGGCAGACCCUCGUCGAAAUCGGGGAUGUCCACACUUGUGGAUCGAUCAUGAGACACACAGAUACACAUGGAUGGAUGGAGGAAGGUGAUGUGCAGUGUGGUGUGGUGUAGGUACCUGAUGGUGGCUGGGAGGGCCUCGAGGCCAGGGAUGAACUCGGCCGGUAAGUGGACGCCAUGCCGCUUCAUGAAACUGGUGGACCACACAGACAGACACAUAUGAUCGAUUGCUCGCUCAUCUGACGCUUGCGUACGUUCUGCGCCGUUCUUCCUCCUCCUCCCUCAUGCGCGUCAAGACGUCACACGCACUCAUCGCCUUCACACACACACACACACACACACAGUGCCUCCAUCCAUCAGCUGGCGAGUCUGGUGUGUGUGCUGUGGUCAGUCAGUUAGUUACCCUAGCGACGUAUUUGGCUUUGAAUGUCCUCCUCCUGGCGAUUUCGGUGAGGGCCGCCUGGUAGGCCGACGGCAUGCGGUCGAUGUGACUCAGGUGGCUGAAGUCAGCCUGACGCACAGGAAGGGAUGAAUGGUCAGUCAUGUUGGUUGGCUGCCUUUUGCGUGUGUGUGUGUGUGUUACCUUUUGUUUGUUGAGCGUUUCUUCGAAGACCACUCCCUGACUCGACAGCUGGUGGAUCCGCGACUGCAGUGCACACACAUACACACACACACAGAGCCAUGUGAGGCGCAGACAGGCUGGCAUGCUGACGGACUGACAGACCUGCAGCGAUGAGACCUCCCUGAGGUGCUCCAGGAAGGCUGCACACCGGCUAGACUGACACAUGAGACGCAAGGGCACACAAACAGGCAGGCAGGCAGGCAGGCAUCAGAGACGCGUGUUGGGUUAGGAAGCAUGCGGGCUGGCUGCCAGUGGCUGAUGGGAUGGGUGUGUGUCUGUGCCCCCAUCCCCCAUCCUCUCACCCAUCUGACGCAGCAUCGGGAGUAGAGCUCCUUGACCUUCUCAUGCAGAUCCUGCACACGACCCAAGUACUCGUGCUGACAGACAGACAGACAUGACACACACCACGCCACACACAGCCAAACCAGAUCAGAUCAGAUCUAUCCACAGUCUAUCUUUCAACAAGAUUCACCCACCCACACACCGACUCACGGACCUGUUGCUUCUCCUUCGCGAGCAGCUCUGCGGCGGCUUCCGGCGAGAACGAGCGGACGACGUCAGGGUGCUCUUGUGGCCUUUGUGCGUCGCCGACGCCGACCAUACUGAUGGUGGUGGAGGCCUCGAUGGUGGGCUGCGGGGGCAGGGUCUGCAGCAGACUCUUGAAGGUCGCCUUCUGCUGACGCAGCAGCUCGUUGAGCUCAUGCAUGUUCUUCUCCACCGUCUCGUCCGCACUGACCACAGACAGACAGUGGAGCGAGGGAGUGUGUGUGGUGUGUGGUGGGGUGGGGAUUAUUGGUUGUGUGGUUGCUUGCUGACCAGAAGUCGUUCAUCUUUUCGAGUUCGCCGUCUGUGUGUUGUCCCGUCUCGAUGGCCACCUUCCGCAGCUGCUCGAUCCGACGGCGGAUGCGGUCUGACGGAUUUCACACACAACACACACACACACACACGGACAGACACAUACAGACAUGGUUUUCUCUCUGUCCUUGGCCGGCCUGACUGACUGCGUGGCUGGCAGGUUUACCGUGGUCUGCCCCACAAGAGGCCGCGAACUGCCGGAUGCGCUGCUCGGGGACCACAUCCUAUAGCACCACACACAACGAAGGAAGGAUGUGUCCAGCCCCUCCUUCCUUCGUUGGCUGACGAAGCUGACCGCGAGUGUGUGUCUGCCCUGCAGGCGCAUGGCAGGGUGUAGCUCCACCUCCCUCAGCCGCCCGAUGGCGGCAUCCAGCCCCUCAAGGACACUCUGGUGACGGGCGUGCACGCCCGUCGACUUCUUCGAGAACGCAUCGACUGAAGCCAGGAAUGUGCUGAGGAACAUACAUACACACAAACAAAGAGGGAGAGAGGGAGGGUGUGCUGCGGUUGUGGCUCUCUCCCUUUGUGUGACGGUUCGGUCGGUCGGUCGGCCACUGACUCACUCACUCUUUGUGGUGUAGCAGGUUGGCGAUGACGGCCCUGCAAGCCCUCUUCUGGCGCCUGACCCGCUCGUGCAAGUCAGAGAUCGCCAUCGACAGCGAACGGGUCCCCUCGACCACCAACUGCACAAACCCAUCCAUAGGUACCGAGAGGUCGGUGCAGUGCAGUGCGCUGCAUUGAAUUGACUGACUGACACUGACCCGAGCAUCGUGCAUGGCGUUGUGGAAGCUCUGUAGGGCUGCACAGAAACACACACUCACAGACGAGGGUUUACGCAAUGCCGGCAGCCGACUCAUAGACCCUGUGUGUGUGUGUGUGUGGCUGUCUGACCAGGGUCCAACGUCUGUGCGGAUGCCGACCGAAAAAGCUCCUCCUCGUCAGCUGACAUCCACACACACACACACACACAAAAAGAGCAACACACUCGGUCCACUCGCGGAUGGAUAGAUGUGUGUGUGUGCUGUGGCUGCCCCACGACUUUGCGUACCUUCUAGUUCGACGUGUGUGGAGGUGGUGAGUCUGUGAGGACGGAGGAAGGGGUCGUCGCCCGAACCCUCGCCGCUGUCUAUGAGACCUGACGGGGCCGACGAUGCCGAUGACGACUGCGGGGCGCCUGAUGACGACGCCGACACAUCGGUGCCCUUCUGAUCCAGCGACGAACGGCGAAACGUGAACCACCAACGAUCCUGCCCAUUCGUACACACACACACACACACGCAUCGAUAUGGCCAUUUCUCCCCUCUCUCUGUCUGUGCGCGUGUGCGCGUGUGUGUGUGUAGGUGUGUGUAUGUGUGUCGAUUACCCUGUCUGUGUCUGCGCCCCCUCCCCCUCCCCCUUCAGGCAGCAGUAUGAUGUCCUGUACGGGCACUCUCCACUUGUCGGCCAGUUUGGCCUUGAGUGCCUCGUUGGGUCCGCCCUUCUUGCCCACAUCGAUGCGCUCCAAGUGCAGCACCUCACCGUACAGCGCGUCGCACACCGUCACCGACGUCAACGCAGACACGUGCAU